AUGCGCGAGUUCAUGGACUAUGUCCACGCCGCCUUCUACCAGGCCACGGGUUGGAACCGCGACAACUCGUACGCAGCGCUGAACCAGACGCCCGAUGCCUUACUAGACUUUCAGACCCCGCGCGGCCUGCGCCUCUCCCUCUCGUCCCUGGCUAGUCCGAAUUUCGCAACCUCCUAUCAGGUUGGCUCCGUUGGCAUUGUCGAUGGCUCCAUAUCCUACCUCUACUCUACGGAGCCCCUCAAUGUGCUCCUCAUGCCGACCUCCGAACAUGUGUCGCUGCCACAACUAUUACGUUCCUACCGGCCACUCGCGCCACUGCCGAUGCGAGAAGGGCCUCCGGGGACACAGACACCCUUCGACAAACCCGACUCAUCCCUACUCUAUGGACGACUUUACCUGCCGCAGUCCCUGCUCGAAGCGCUGGUUGUGAAAAGGAUAUCGCCCGCGCUGCAACUACAGAUGAGCGCCGUAUCUGGUUCGCACCUCAGAAACGGCGGCACAGCUGUUGGGUUGGCACAGUAUGACGUGGGGAGAUAUGCCUUGGAAGGACUGUACUCUUCGGACGGGGGACUCUUGGGGUUGCGCGGCAUCUGGAACUCUGGUGGCGACACAACCGACCCAGCGACUGCUGUCAAGGAGAGCGACAGGGGCAAGCCCGAGCGAGAGCGCAUCUACGGACGUUUCAGCACAGGGGGGGAGAUCUACUACGGCACGCUGAACAAGUCGGGAGGCGUCAGCCUCGGGACGAGAUUCGCAACAUUGCCAGAGCACAAGGGCACGCCAUUGUCGGCGACGCUGACGCUCAACCCCCUGAUGGGAAACAUUGCCGCCAGCUACGCGAUCGUCGCCGGGAAGCACUGCAGUCUAGCCACGCGGAUGGAGUUUAACGUUUUCAGCUACGAGAGCGCAUGGGCCGUCGGGAUGGAGCUUUGGAGGAAACCCCUGAUGCGUCCGGUAGAGGAGACCAAAUGGAUCGGGGGCCGCAGUUUCGAGGCAAAGCUGGCCUGGCGCCUCGACGAGCCAAGGGACGCUCUUCCGACGGAGGAGAGUCGGAGUGGCAACGAAGAGGAGUACGCGGGCGUCUUGAAGACGAGGCUCGAUCAGAACCUGCGAAUAGGUGUUCUCUGGGAGGGAAGGGUCAAAUCGCUCCUCUUUAGUCUGGGCAGCGGCAUCGACCUGCGGAAACUGGACAAGCCAUUUCGCACCCUUGGCCUGGAGAUACAGUUCUCAUCAUGA